AUCCACCUGCACUUCAUUAGAGAGCAUUUGUACAUGCCAUACCACAAGAUCAUCAAAAUGACAUAGCAGCUUCAGAGAACAGCGUGACUAGUGUUUUUUUGGUUUGGGUUUUUUUUUGGGGUUGUUUUUUGUUUUGUUUUUUUUUAGCUCUUGUAUCACAGAGGAUCUGGCAACCAGUUACCUCCUGACACUGUUUACAGCAUAUAUUGGUCGAUUCAGUCCUUUAUUGCAUCUGCUCUGGGAAUUAAAGAAAGCAGCUUCAAGGCAGUAAGGGACAAGACACAUUUCAAAGAUGCAUCUAAGCUCUCUACCUUUCUUACUGGUAUUGAUCAGUGGCAUUUUCUGCCAAUACGACUAUGAUAUGGGAUAUUUUCCAGACCCAGAUUACCCUUAUGUUCAUCCAAUGAUGGGGCCAUCUACAGCAGUCUGUGCCCCAGAAUGUAAUUGUCCUGAAACCUAUCCAUCCGCAAUGUAUUGUGAUGACCUCAAAUUAAAAAGCAUCCCAAUUGUACCUGCUGGAAUAAAAUACCUUUAUCUCCGAAACAAUAUGAUUGAGGGCAUUGAAGAAAAUGCAUUUGAAAAUGUAACAGACCUGGAGUGGCUGAUCUUAGAUCACAACCAUUUGGAAAAUUCAAAAAUUAAGGGAAGAGUCUUCUCCAAACUAAAGAGUUUAAAGAAAUUGCAUAUAAAUUAUAACAAUUUGACUGAAGCUGUUGGACCACUUGCCAAUACCAUGGAUGACCUGCAACUUAGUCACAAUAAGAUCACAAAAGUCACCGCCAAUGUACUGGAGGGGCUGGUGAACCUGACUGUCCUUCACCUACAGAAUAACCAGCUGAAAACAGACUCUGUUUCCGGGGCUUUGAAAGGACUGAAGUCACUUUUAUAUCUUGACUUGAGCUUCAAUCAACUUACAAAACUACCAAAAGGACUGCCUCCUGCUUUACUCAUGCUGUAUUUUAACAACAACCAGAUCACCAACAUUCCUGAUGAGUACUUCCAAGGUCUUAAGGCCCUGCAAUAUUUACAUCUGUCUCACAAUCGGUUGACAGAUGGUGGAAUACCAGGCAAUGUUUUCAAUAUCUCCUCCCUAGUUGAGUUGGAUCUCUCCUUUAACAUGCUGAAGAGCAUUCCAACAGUCAAUGAGAACCUAGAAAACUUCUACCUCCAAGUCAACCAAAUUAACAAGUUCCCACUGAGCAGCUUUUGUAAGGUUGUUGGACCACUAACCUAUUCCAGGGUCAAACAUUUGCGUUUGGAUGGAAAUAAUCUCACUCGAUCUGACCUGCCACAGGAAAUGUACAACUGUCUCCGUGUAGCUGCUGAUGUCUCACUGGAGUGAAAUGCCUCCGAUUUCCUUAUAACGGUCAUAACUAUACUGCAGAUUUACACCAGCAUAACUCUUUAAAAUUAGGAUGUCUUAACAAAAGUCAAUUUGCAUAUUAUCUAUUCUGUUUGUUAAUAUUUAGCAUGAACCUGGUGAGCCUAACAAAACAUGUUUGUGCAUAGUUUUACAAAUAGUUUCAAUUGUUUGUUUCUGGAAACACAAAAGGACCCUAUUCACCCCCCCCCAUCCAAAUCUGGCUUCCAAGUUGGAGGAAUAUGAUCACGAUUGUAGAAAUCUAUGUGCAUUCACACACAUGCACACAAACAUUGGUGUAUGCAGUUUUGCUCAGGUUCUCAUGGAAGUCAGGUGUGAUUUUGGUAGAGUACUGAAUGGUAAUUUAGGGCUGAAGUGUGUAUGUACACUAUUCACCCUGGUCAACUUUAAUAUUCUAAAUUAUUCAAGCCUUUGAUAUAUUUUUAGAAUUUGCAAAAGAACAGCAUAAUACAAUUUAGCAAUAUAAAUAUGAUAAAAUGUGUACGAAAAUAUAUUUUCAGAGCCAAUUUGAAUAUGACAUUAAUGAGACAUGAAUGAUUAUGAAGAAACAAGAACAUUUUUCAGGAUUUUUAAAUUGUUUGUUGUUGUUUUUGUCACUUACCUAUAUACUUUCAUUGAGAGGUUUUUGUCCGCUACCAGUAGAAUUGUUAUUUCACAGUAAAUCAUAUAUACAAGCAUUUUUAUUCAAUUACUUGCAUGCUACGUUUAACCAGACUGUAGAAAAUAAAACAUAGCAAAUAGUUCUGUUGUGUCCAUAUCAUUGUCAAAUAUGUUGCAGUCUUUUAUAAACUUGAAAAGGAAGUUCAGGUUAAAACAGAAAAUUCUAAGGUAUUAUAUUUUGCUGAAUUUAUUGUAAGGUUAAAUAAACUGUUUUCUGUACUUUGUAGUUUCAAAAUGUUUUCAAACAUAUCAUCCAAUUAUAUCCAUUAGCACUUGUGUUUACCAUUUUGUCCAGGCCUUGUGCACUGAGAACUGCCAGGUGAAGCAUGUCUGCUAUAAUGAACUGUUAAGCAAUCAUUUGAAAUGUAUUUAUGAAUUUUGUGAACAUGAAAAUGAAAUGUAUCAGAUGUCAUGGACAGUAAGUGUAAGUCAGUGUCAAUCCCUUCUGAUACAAAGAAACUAGUGCAUGCUACCUGGGAAUGGGAAGUCAAAGUAAUGUGUGUCUUGGAACAUACACUAAAAUAGACUUGGCAUUAACUAAAAGCUAUUAUGACAGCUUGCUUGUAAACAGGUACUGUCCCAUGGAUACUAUCUGCCUUUUGACUCCUUGAUUAUAAAGCCCUUAAAUAAGAACUACCUUAAUUUUUUAUGGUAGAAUCAUUGACUCCACCACCACCACCACCACCCAAAGAGAUAUCCCCUGAGUAAUGCCAACCCUAAACUUCCAAGAGCAUGCAACAGGUACUCAAAAUCAUGAAUUACAAAAUAAUGGUUUUUUUAUUUGCCUUUUUUUUAAGAGCCUUUGAUGUUUGUGAUGUCAAGCUUUUCUCCACAACACUGAGGGCUAGAAACUUACUGAAAAAAAAUUAAAUCUGCAUUUCUCACGUAAUCACAGGACUCCAGCAGCUGGGACUUUACAAAAACACCAAAUAUUGCAGAAGUCACAAUAAAAUUUUGAGAAUUGACAACAUGGUCCCUUUGUGUAGGAGUUGAAUUGGUAUAUGUUAUGGUUUUGAUGCCUCCUGUGUUGACUGAUGAUUUCAACUAUUUCUACUAUACUUUUGUGAUGACCACCAUCUUGAUUGACACAGGACCUCUAGGGCUAAAAGAAUGAGGCUUUACAGCUUAAGUAAAGUGACAAUUCCCUGUAGGUCAGAGAUCUAAGACUCAUAUCCUCUGCGGACUGGGCACUGAGAAGGACCUGUAACAUACACUGAACAGUGAGUUACACUGGCUCUUUCUCCUAUUAUGAUUUUCCAUAUUUGAUUAGUUAUCUACCACUGUGAAUGUCUGGCAUCAUUACAGGGUACUGAGGGGUAGAGGGCACCCCUCCAUCGAACUAAGGCAAUAUAGCACUUAUGAAUCCCCACAACCACUGGAGAAUAGCCUCCUUUCCACCUCUGAAAUGAGAAACAGAUAAUAACCAUCAUAGCAGAGAAGGUGGCUGUGGACAUUGGGUACUUACCUUACUGUUUACUCCCUAAGCUUCAUAGAGCACAGUCCUGCAGAUCUCCAGUACAAAGCUUCCCAGGGGGUCCCAAGGGGGUAAGGAUGAUGAUGCAGAACCAGUACUCACCUCUCACUCAGAAAAUUUGACACAAUCAGAGUCCCUGCAACUAGUGAAAGAAAAAGGAACUAUCCGCCCUCUUGUUUUCACAUUCUGCUCCUGAUUUUCACAGAGUGAGGAGCCAAGGUCCAUGUGCAUUUAUGUGCCUUCUUUUGCAUAUGCAAAUAGACCUAAAUAUCCAUUUUGCACAUGUAGCUCCCCAAUUUGCACACGUGAUGCAAAAGCAGGCAAAUAUAAAUAUGUACUGUCCCUGACCUUCAUAUUACGAAAACUAGGCCUUCCAUAUAAGUCAAUACUUUCCAGACAUUAAGGUAGAAUGUCUGCGUUUGGGAACAUUUAAUAGCUGAAGAAAACCUUAGAAAACUUGUCACUUGAGGUUGGCCCGUCCACUCUGGCUGGAUGAUGGGUUUGUUGACCUUGAGGAUGCAAGACAAACCUACAUGCUACUUCUGAAUGCUGACCCACAGUAGAUACCUCCCUGUCUCCAUCUGACCUGCUGUGAUGUGUAUGUAUAUAUGACUGAAUAAAAUAUAUGAUAGAUGUA